AAUUGUCAUGUUUGAUGAAAAGUAAACGUACUAAAUUAAAAAGAAAGGCUAAUUUGUCGAAGUUGUUUGAAAUGAUGUAGGCUACAACACGUUGUCUUUAUUUUAGCCGCACGUGAGCUGUUAAAACAUGACAGUACAGUAUAUAUCCAACAAGCUAGCAUUAUGACACACAAUAUUUUUUGGGGGGGUGCAUCUGUUAUAGGCCAGUGGUUAAAAUCACUAUCACAGUGCAGAUUAACGGGCGAUUAUGUCUCAGAGUAUCAAGAAUUAUCACGACAAACGUCCCGUUUUUAAUUUCUCCCGUCAUGAGCGACAAUAGCUUCGUGUGGUCGCUAUAACAACGCGAAAUGUAUUUUCGCUGAGACACAAGGCGCGUAAAUUGAAGUCAUGCUGCUGCAGGAAGGGCUUCCUCGGUGGACGACGAUUGUUGGAAAAAUCCGGGAGGCGGGGGGGAGUUGUUGCAAUUCAUGAAAAGUAUUCUUGUUUAAACGGAAGCUUGGGGACUGCAUGCGCAAUGCAGCAUUCAAGGAUCUAACACGGUACUUUUCGUCGUCACAGCCUCACGCGCAGGCUCUACUUUUUCAGAUUGAUUUAGGGUACUACCCCACCGCCUUUUGUGAAAGACUUGAACACAUUACGAUCGUUAUGGAGACCCCCAAGUUGACCGACGUUUCCGUUGGAACACAGAGGAGGCCUGUCGUGUAUGUUUAAAAAUAUUGACGUUUAUUUUUUUAACUUUAUUUAGUCCCGGAUGUGACCAAUAUUCGCCAGUCAUCCUCAUAAAACGUAUUUUUUUUCGGUGUAAGUGUUUGACCACAAUGCCACAUGCUGUGGGCGUGGAUGCGUGUUCACGUGUCAGCGCGAAGGUAUCAAGAGUGCGCGCAUGGAAGUGCAUGUGACACGUUUUUAAAUGCACGCGCCCGGCGUCCACGUAUUAAAACCGCGUGCGUAACAAUCGCGUCGAAUCCACGCGUGGACACGCACAUCCUGUCAUCUCGCCUGGGCGAGUUCCUAAAAAAAAAAAAAAACACCCAAUCCACGAGGCCAAAUGAUUUAUCAAAGUGCUAUUAUCAAGAAAAUGCCCCGCCAAGGGCACCUUGCUCUGCACUGACGCACGGAACCCGAGAAAGAAAAUCGGUGCACGCGCUGCUUUGGCGCGCACACGAGCAAGUCAGCUCGCUGGCAUCACUCGUCAUUUCCACCUACAACACUUUGAGCCUGUUCAGAGAACUCCGCGGAAUGGUAAGUGUUUCCGAACAGCCCUCCUUGAGUCUGCUUUCACGUUCUUUUUCGAUACUUUUGACUUUGUCACACCGCUGUUGGACUCUGUGCGAUUUCUUUGCGCUGUCGGUGGUGCUGAAAUCCGCCAGGCAGUCGGACUUGACUUCACUGCUUCUCUCCACGCAGGUUUUAGCAACUUCGUAAUUUAGUGACAUUUAGUCAUUCUAGAAAGUCGCGUGAGCUCCUAGCUGGGCAAUUACAACAGUUUUCGCUCAUAUUUUUACAGCCCUCAUUUUGAUCAUAUGCCCGAAGGGGCUUCCUUUCCAGGCAUAGUCAUUUAGAAUUGUGCGCCCCUGGUCAACCCAUAGUGAUGCCGGUGGUCGUGCAUGCUUGCCCGGGAGAGCGAAGCCGCUGAGACCCGCAGCAGCUUGUCUAUUGCCCAUAAAAAAUAAAUAAAUAAAAUCUUGGAUGUGUGUGUGUGCGUGUGUGUGUGUGUGUGUGUGUGUGUGUGGGUGUGUGUGUGUGUGUGUGUGUGGGUGUGUGUGUGCAGUGACACGAGGGGAAAUGGGCCGUAAAAUUAAAGAAUCCUGCAGAACGACAGAAGAGGGGGUUGGGGGGGGGUAUAGCAAAGCACCCCCCCCCCCACUAAGCCACACACAUCCCCACACAGCCGGUCCAGACCUGAGCCGUGAGUAGAGAAUGCUUCCCCAAAACGUCGCAGAGAGGCACUUUCCCCAUCCCAGCGCCGACAUGGGCUGCACCCAACCGUCAUUCUGCCACUUUCUGCACUUGUGACCCACACUUUGUCGUCAUCAUCCGCCACUUCCAUGUUCCAGGACGAGCAGAGAAACAUGGCCAAACAACCGGUGGCCCACAUCCCCACGCAGCAGCCGGACACAACUGCGGGAUUAACAGCCAGCAGAGCCGAAAUCAACCCGCUUCAGCCGGCCACUCCUCAGCACAACCACCCGGCGCCCCAGCCGCCGCCUCCGUGCAACGAGAGCCAAACUUUUUGCCCCACGGAAAAUAUACCGGGAGCACCGGACGCCAAUAAAGCAUACGGGACGUUCAAAAACAAUCCCCCUGUCGUCCCGGCGACGAUGACGGCCAAUUCGGCCUUUGGGAAGGAGCCCCCGGCUGCGCCCUGCGGGGUUGGGGCGCAGUACGCGGAGCAGAACAACACCGCUUCCACCUGGACCCAUUUGAGUCAGACCACCGUCGUACUGGGCAUAGAUGGCAACAUGUCUGUUCAAACCGGCUCCUUGACUCGAGCUGAAGACGAUGACGAUGAGGGAGGCGACGAGAACAAGGCCAGGGGAAACUGGUCCAAUAAACUGGAUUUUAUUCUCUCCAUGGUUGGCUAUGCAGUGGGACUGGGGAACGUGUGGAGGUUUCCCUAUCUUGCUUUCCAGAACGGUGGAGGUGCAUUUUUGAUCCCUUACCUGACAAUGCUGGGGAUCGCAGGCAUUCCCAUCUUUUUGCUAGAAGUGUCCCUGGGCCAGUUUGCCAGCCAGGGCCCCGUGUCGGUGUGGAAGUGCAUCCCGGCACUACAAGGUUGCGGGAUUGCCAUGUUGAUAAUAUCUGUCUUGAUAGCCAUAUACUAUAAUAUUAUUAUGUGCUGGACACUGUACUACCUGUUCGCUUCGUUGAAGGGCUCACUGCCAUGGGCUAACUGUAGGAAUGCGUGGAACACGGUGGAUUGUAAAGACAAAGACAUGCUGCUAUUAGACUCCUGCAUUGUGCAGGAUGGAAACUUCACCUCCAUCAAGAACUCCUCUUUUUGUCUGUCUGCCAACGUUGUUGGAAACCUGAGUAAACUAUUAAACAUGGCCGUGGAAGGUGAAAAGACAUAUGUCAGCCCCAGUGAGGAGUACUUCAAGUACAAUGUGCUGCACAUCUCCAAAGGCAUUGAAUAUCCGGGAGACAUUCGCUGGCCUCUGGCAGGCUGUCUGUUUCUGGCCUGGGUCAUUGUCUACGCCUCUUUGGCCAAGGGAAUCAAGACAUCAGGAAAGGUGGUGUAUUUCACAGCCACUUUUCCCUACGUGGUUCUGGUGAUUCUCUUGAUCCGAGGCGUGACCCUCCCGGGGGCCGCUGACGGUAUCCUCUACUUCAUCACACCAAAGUGGGAGAAACUGAUGGAUGGAAAGGUGUGGAAAGACGCGGCCACUCAAAUCUUUUUCUCGCUGUCUGCCGCGUGGGGAGGCCUGAUCACGCUCUCCUCCUACAAUAAGUUCCACAAUAACUGCUACAGGGAUACCAUCAUCGUGACAUGUACCAACAGUGCCACCAGUAUUUUUGCUGGCUUCGUCAUCUUUUCUGUCAUUGGUUUCAUGGCACAUGAGUUGGACGUGCCAAUAGACGAGGUGGCAGAUGAAGGUCCAGGCAUAGCAUUUGUGGUGUACCCGGAGGCUCUGACCAGACUUCCCCUCUCUCCAUUCUGGGCAAUCAUCUUCUUUCUUAUGCUCCUGACUCUCGGCCUGGAUACCAUGUUUGCGACCAUUGAGACCAUCGUGACCUCUGUGUCAGACGAGUUCCCCAAGUACUUGAGGAAGCACAAACCAAUCUUCACCCUGGUCUGCUGCAUCGCCUUCUUCAUCCUGGGAUUUCCCAUGAUCACGGAGAAUGGCAUGUACAUGCUGCAGUUGGUGGACACGUAUGCAGCCUCCUACUCCUUAGUCAUCAUUGCCAUCUUUGAGCUAGUGGGGAUUUCUUAUCUCUAUGGGCUGCAAAGGUUUUGCGAGGAUAUUGAAAUGAUGAUUGGAUUUCAGCCCAAUCUCUUCUGGAGACUUUGCUGGGCCUUUGUGACACCAACCAUUCUGACGGGCAUCUUGAUGCUGAGUCUUUCUCAGUGGAGCGUCAUGACAUACGAGGAAUACACCUACCCCACCUGGUCUAUGGUGCUUGCAUGGCUAAUGGUUAUCUGUUCCGUCAUCUGGAUCCCCAUCAUGUUUGUCAUCAAGAUGUACCUCGCUCCCGGCACCUUAAUUGAGCGUCUGAAGCUGGUUUGUUCCCCUCAGCCCGACUGGGGUCCCUUCUUGAUGAAGCACCGCGGAGAGCGCUACAAGAACAUGAUGGACCCACUAGGAACCAGCUCCUUAGGCCUCAAACUGCCCUCUACGGACUUCUAGCUCAGUUCUUUCUAGUCGCAGCAGCCCCUGGAGAGCUCAAACCUUGGGCAGGGGUGUCAGGAUGGAGCCCUUUUCUUUUGCACCUUCCCUCUGCCUUCUUUUUUUCACACUUUGUGUUUUCACCGCCCUCUCCCUUUGUCUUCCUCCUUCUCUCACUCUUCUCUCAGGGAGGAGGGCUGCCCAGGUGGAAUCGUCUCCACUGCUGCUGCUGCUGCUGCUUUGUGCUCAGCUUUUAGUCUAUCAUUGCCUCUCACUCAUGAUGACGACUAAUUUCACCGCACCCUUCGCGGGGGCUCUGAUUCUUUGUGGCCUCUUGUCAUUGAUGGACAGAGCUGCAAUCUGCAAUACCUUAGCUGCUCCCAAUGGCGUCACAUGUCUAUGUGGUCGCGCGCACGUGUGUGCGUGUGCGUGUGCGUGCAUGUGUGUAUGUGUUCGUGUGUGUGUGCGCGCGCUUACAACCAUACUUAUGUGAAAAAAAAAAGAAUUUGUUUCAGACACAGAAAAAAAACUCAUGGGUGACAGAGACGAUGGUUUGAAAAUGGGUUCACCAUCAUCACACCCGCGAAAAUAUUGGCAGUCCAAAAAAA